ACACGUGCAGUCAUGGCGGACGAAGGGAGCGAGUUUGAAAGGCCGCGCAAAAUUCCUAAAACACUGAAAGAAAAGGACUCUGGAAAACGGCUUAUUGUAAUCCUAGAAAAAGCUUCACUUGAGACAGUUAAAAAUGGAAAAAGUUUCGAGUUACUUAAUUGUGACAAACAUAAAACUAUAAUGAGGAAAAAUAAGAAAGAUCCGGCAACAGCUAGACCAGACAUCACUCAUCAGAGUUUGUUGAUGUUACUGGACAGUCCGCUGAACAAAGCAGGUCUUUUACAAGUCUACAUUCAUACAGAGAGAAAUGUCCUUAUUGAGAUUAACCCACAUACCAGAAUACCAAGAACGUUUGACCGCUUUUGUGGGCUUAUGGUUCAGUUGUUGCACAAACUUAGCAUUCAUGCUUCUGAUGGUCCUCAAAAGUUACUCAAGGUCAUCAAGAACCCUGUAACAGAUCAUUUACCAACUGGUUGUAGGAAAGUGGGAACAUCUUUUCAUUCUGAUAAUCUUGUGAAGUUAAAGGAUGUUAUACCAAAAGAUGAGCCCAUUGUGUUUGUUGUUGGAGCCAUGGCACACGGCUCGAUUGAUGUUCCUUAUGUGGAAGACACUGUGGCAAUAAGUCAAUAUCCAUUGUCAGGGGCUUUAACUUGUGCAAAAAUCUGUACUGCUUUUGAAGAAGCAUGGGGAGUAGUGUGACAAUAGAUGAUCUUUUAACGGCUUUGUAAUGCCAUCAUUAAGGAAUUCAGGGCAACUGAGUAAACAGAAGAAGUUUUGGUACUUUGAAGAGCACCAACUUGUUUUCUUUGUAAUAUAAAACUAUAAAAAUAGAUUUUCUGGUUAAUGAUGAGUAUAUUGCCUUAUCCACUAUCAUAUUUUUUAAUUCAGGAAGCAACCAUGUCUAUGGAAGUGAGUUGUGGGAAUAUUUUCAGUACAAAUGUCACUCACGGUAUACUUUCCCUAAGAGAAGUUAAACCUGCCCUUUAACUCUUCACUUGAAGGGCAAGUCACAAUUGUAUAGAACAAAAGAUACUUUUAAUUAAUAUGUCAAUCUGCAGAGUGGUUUUUGCCAGAGACAAUUCAUUAAAAUAAGACAACAGGGAA